AAGAGCUCAGCUAUGAAGAGACGGCAGAGGAACAGAGAAGCCCAGGAUGAGGACGCCACAGAGGACACGGCAGCAGCCGUCCAGAACGCAGACCCCCAUCCCGACAUCCGCCCGCCGGACUCAUUGUCUCCGUCAUCGUCAUCCUCUCCUCCUCUUCCUCCUCUUGCCAUGCCACCCUCCACGUCUGCCUCAGGUCUCCUGGCUCUGGCCUCUCCGGCCACCCGGCGCUCCAUCUCCAUGGGAGACUUCCGCAGGGUGACGGGGGCCCUCCGGACCGGCUCCGAGCCCCCGUCCACCUCCGCCACGGCCCCUUCCUCCAAACUGGUGACCCCCAGCUCCAGCAUGGAGUUCGAGGCGGCCCGCCGGCGCCUCCUGGAGGUGGAGGAGCGCCAGCGGGUCAUCAGAGAGAUGGAGCGGCGGCUGGAGGAGCUCCGGGAGGUGUUCGUCCGCUCGGAGCAGGAGGUGGUCGUUCACGGCGAGCUGGUGUCGCGGAUUACCGGCGCCGCCCAGCAGGGGGAGCUGUACGUGGCCGAGAACAGCCAGCGACUCAAGAAAGGCCUCAAGUUCAAGAAACACCGGCCCACCAUCGUCUUCUCCUCCAUGCUCGGACUCCGCACAUGCCUCCCCUGGCCUGUGAAGCUCAAAUAGGACAGAGGCUCGUACUCCAUCCGUCACUUUCGCGAUGUGCUUUACACAGCUGGGAGAACAGACUUCCUUUCUUUAGCUAUCACUCAUUGACGCGGCUGCUCUCCUGUUCCCACUUUUUCUGCUCUUGUUUCCUGAGGCUGGUCCUCAAGGGCUUUAGAGUGCCUACAAUAAUCACUAAUGCUAGUAAGGAGCUUCCCGGUCAGCGUGUUCUUCCUGAGAGAAUUUAUUUGGCUAGAAAAACCAAUCAAGCGCCGGUGCAAGGUGUGUGCAGGAUGUCAUUGUCAUUGUUGCUGCUUGC